CAUCGGAUCACCCACAUCCACAUCCCAGUAGGUCCCAGCAGGACAGACCUCAACCAACAGCCACCUUGUCACUAUCAUCUGAAGCAGCCCGCUGGUCCUCGCCUCGUCUUGUUGGCCUCUGCUCGAUCCACCAGUCUGCCUACGCCCACGGCCGGCCUCCUUCAUAUUAACUCCCAUGACACACCUGCGUUGUUUCUAAUCUGCCUGAACCGCCUUCCUCCGUCUGUCAAUCCAGAGAUUGCUUCCUACAAGUUGCAAUCUGCAAUUCACUACUACUUCCUAUCUGUCCUCUUGACCACCAACAACAAUCCCCAUUACCUCUCACCACCCCAACAUCUUUCCUACAAACGGCCUUCCCUAGCCGCCUUGUCACUUCCUGCUCUUCAACUAGUCCCACUAGACGAGACCUACCUCCUUUCGCCUCCUGCACCUCGUCAUCAGGUCACGAGCCACCAGUCCACACCUGCCAUUCUCGUCAAUCAACCGACUAUACUGCCUCUCAACCUCCUUUUCUCUUUGAAAUCCUCUAGAUAUCACAUCGAGUCAUCACCGCCAUCAUGCGCUCUCGAUCCGGCUCCGCUACCUCCAACACAUCUAGCAAGAGUAAGGAGCUCUCCGCCGAUAACAUGGCCAUUCAAGUCAAUAUCGGCGGUGGCAAGACCAUCAAACUGAAUGUUAGGCCCAUCCACACAGUCUCCAACGUUCUAGAAUUCUUAUCUGCCUCUACAACUCUCCCCGUCGAUGUACGACUCACUCUUGACGACAAACCUUUAGAACCGUCAAGUACCGUCGGUGAUUUGAAGCUUGAAGAAUCAUCAACCCUACAACUAUCUCCUCCUAUUCGAAGCUCAACACCAACAGAACAAUCCACACCUGCCCCGUCGUCUACCGAAAUGACAUCCAAACCAUCAACACCCGCACCUUCCACGCCGACCAAGAAGAAGUCAAAUAAGCCUCGGUGCUCCAAACAAGCCUGCAAGGCUCCCGCUCAACCCAUCGUGGGAGACUGUGGCUUCUGUCAAAAGCGAUUCUGCGGAAAACAUCGAAUGUUGGAGAGCCACAACUGUGAAGGCUUGGAAGAAGCCCGUCGCAUGGAUAAGGAGAGAAACGCUGCCAAGUUGGAGGGAGAACGAACUGUCAUGCUCCGUGGUCUUUGAGAUCAUGUUAUCAUGUCCACCGCCUCGUUGUAGGGUUUCUACGUCGAGUCUCUGGUGGUCAGAGUGACACGGUUUCAUGCCUCUCUGAACUCACACUAUCUGAAACUAGUAGGCCAUGCUUUUGGCUGAUUACAAGAACGGCGUUCAAUCUGGAAUACUAGGUAACUCAACUACCAAGGGUUUGCCAUGGUCAGCUGGCUGGGGGUACAUGGAGCAUUCCGGAGACAGACGGCAUCUGCUCAUCGGGCCUUGUAUUGUAUUCUCAGCUUUGUAAAGGGGACUGACUUGGUCCGGACAGUACUUGAUCUACUGGGGCUUUUGUGCAAGGCGCCGGUAGUCGAUCGAUCACCAAAGAUACAGUCCACGGCAAAGCACUAAUACACAUUAAAUCCAUCAACUUUCUUGAAUCUCGCUUUUGAACUUUUAUGUCAAAGAACUUUUUGUAUCGUUCCACGUCUUCGGAUCAUAUGCCCGUGAAUCUUCCCAAAAUGAACGAUACCCAAGGCGAACUCAACCAGACAUGCAUGUUCCCGACUACAUUUUAGACUCAAACCUUCAAGACCGGAAAAUGGUCAAGCCCGGUCUCACCACCAACAAGGCCCUGCCUACUUCGUAUUGUGAUGUGCAAUAGUAGGCCUGCCUAGCCAAGGGCCAAAAGGAUAAAUCAAGAACUUGAUGUGGUAGAACUCGUGUUCGUGGAUUAGGAUCAGGCUUGCCGGUUGAAAAAAAAUCGACAUCUAUUGUUGUGG